AUGAUCUGUGAACAAGGAAACAAGCAACAGGAAACGAACUGGGCUCUUAGUGUCUGCAUACCCAGAAUGAGCUGGGUGGCAGCCCCCAUAACAGGAAGUGACCUGGGGGUGAAGAGGGCAGAGAUUCGAAAGGGUGUACGGGAGGUGGUGCUCUGCAAAGACAUGGAUGGGAAGAUUGGCCUCCGCCUCAAAGUCAUAGAUAAUGGCGUGUUUGUGCAAUUAGUGCAGGCUAACACUCCUGCAGCACUGGCAGGCUUUGGUGAUCAGAUUCUGCAGAUCAAUGGCAAAUCAUGUGCUGGCUGGAGUAGUGAUAAUGCACAUAAGGAGCUUAAGAAUGCCAUCCCAGAGAAGAUCACUUUGGCUGUGCGAGACAGGCCACUGGAACGAACUGUUACACUUCACAAGGACAUGAACGGGCAGCUCGGCUUUAUUUUUAAAAAGGGUCGAAUCACUUCAAUAGUAAAAGACAGCUCAGCUGCACGUAACGGCCUUCUUACGGAUCAUCAGAUCUGUGAGAUCAAUGGUCAGAAUAUAAUUGGACUGAAGGACUCCCAAAUCACAGACAUCCUUAAUUCCAGCGGAGGUGUUGUCACGGUAACUGUGAUGCCAGAGGUUAUUUUUGAACACAUGAUGAAAAGGAUGUCCAGCAGUAUUGUAAAGUCACUAAUGGAUCAUUCUAUUCCUGAGGUGUGAGAUCGUUCGGAUCAAACUGUACAGAUGAGGAUGAUUUGGCCACAGCUUGGAGGGCUGGCAUUUUGUCUGGAGCACAAGUUCAGUUGUGUGUCCAGAAUCAUAUGA